AUGAUUACAGAGUUUGUGACGCCGUAUCUUCGGUAUUUUUGGGGAAGGUUAGGUCUGUCGGCUGGUGGGGUUGACAGCACAGACCCUGACAGCAUUUUCGCAGUGAGUAACGGCACUGCGGAGACGGAGCCCGCCGUACAGCCACACUUUGACAAUGCUACAAAAAGAGAAAACACGGCCGCGGUGGGGCAACCAGCUUACCUCCACUGUAGAGUGAAAAAUCUCGGAGAUAGAUCUGUGUCAUGGAUCCGCAAACGAGACCUUCACAUCCUCACAGUUGGCGUGCAUACAUACAGUAGUGACGCACGCUUUGCAGCACUUCACACAGAUGGCUCUGACGAGUGGACCUUGCGAGUUGCGCACGCGCAGCCCCGAGAUUCCGGGGCGUAUGAGUGCCAAGUAUCCACAGAGCCUAAGAUAAGUCUAUCUUUCUGGCUUACUGUUGUUGUAUCCAAAGCGGAGAUCCUGUCUGGUCCAGAGUUGUUUGUGAGAGCUGGCUCCGACAUUAACUUGACGUGUAUUGCACGCCACGCACCAGAUCCACCUAGCUUUAUAUACUGGUAUCGAGGGACAAAUGUGGUGAACUACGCACAGCGUGGUGGCAUCAGUGUUGAGACUGAACAACGGACUCGAACCAGUCGCCUCCUCAUAGCUCGGGCUUCGCCCCGUGACUCUGGAAACUAUACAUGUGCUCCUAGCAGUUCUGAUUCAGCGUCGGUGGUUGUCCACGUGGUUAGCGGUGAGCGUCCGGCUGCAAUGCAAAGCGGGGCCACAAUUUCUGCGCCAACUCUUCUCUGCACAUUAUCCACACUUAUUACCUUCUACUACCAUAGACAUUUUCUAUCAAAAUUCCUGUACAACACACCGCUAACCUUUAUUUCAUUUCAAAAUAAGGCUUUAGCUCCUAGAUGA